CCCUCCGCGGCGCGGGCGAUUUGUAGGUAAUGGCGGGCGCUUGGUCGUCGAGCUGUUUCAAAGGAUGCUCCUCUACUAGCUGUGCGUGCGGCGACAAGGGCAAGUGGAGCGGCUCCUCGCUGUUAAGCAAGCGGCUCUCGGAGGACUCGAGCCGCCACCAGUUGCUGCAGAAGUGGGCGAGCAUGUGGAGCUCCGUGAGCGGGGACGCGUCGGUGGCCUGCGCGGAGAGGACGCGGCGGGAGGAGACGGUGGAGCCGGCCGAGGAGGAGGAGGACAGGCCGCUGGUGUUUUUGUGCUCCGGCUGCCGGCGGCCGCUGGGCGACUCGCUGAGCUGGGUGACGAGCCAGGAGGACACCAACUGCAUCCUGCUGCGCUGUGUUUCCAGUAAUGUUUCUGUGGAUAAGGAACAGGUACUAUCCAAACGUAAAAAUGAAAAUGGUUGCAUUCUGGAGACUUUGUCCUGCACAGGAUGCUCACACAAUCUUGGCUACAUAUACAGAUGCACACCCAUGAAUCUGGAUUACAAGAGGGACUUGUUUUGCCUCAGUGUUGAAGCCAUUGAAAGUUAUAUUUUAGGGUCCUCUGAAAAGCAAAUUGUGUCAGAAGAUAAAGAGCUUUUUAAUCUUGAAAGCAGAGUUGAAAUAGAAAAAUCUCUAAAGCAGAUGGAAGAUGUUUUGAAAGCAUUACAAACGAAGCUGUGGGAGGUUGAAUCAAAAUUGUCCUUUACCAGUUGCAAAAGCUAAAAUCUGUUCUAAGUCUCCUGUUCUGGACGCCCCUGCUGAUGGACAAUUCUUUCAUAUGUAGCAAUUCUUAUUAUCAUUUUGCUUCAUUUAGAAUU